UUCUUUUACAAGUUUUGAAGAGGAAUUAUUAUCAAAUAUAGUAAUUAGCUGAUAAUAAACAUGUUUGGAAUUGUAUUUGCAUAACGCAUUAAUAUAUAUUCCAUUGUUUUUACAUCAGAUACAUUAAUAUUAGUCUCCCACUUUUCACGUUGAUUAUAUUAUAUUCUUUGUACAAAACGAAAUUGAUAAAAAGUCAGUUCAAAGAAACAAGAUCGUGUAUGCGCAACAGUAAAUAAACAAAUCUAUAUACAAACCAUUUAAGGAGUUUUACGGAAAACCAUUAUAAGUAUAAUAUAUUAAUACUAUUCUAGUUAUCGCGAGGCAAUGAACUAAUCUCGAUCAAUAAUCCAAAUUUUAUUUUAUACAAGCCACAUAUUCGAAUAACAUGUUCUAUGACAAAGAAGAUCAAAGAUGGCUCAACGAAGUGAUGUCGAAGAUCGCCGAGAAUCUCGGACCAAACGUGGAUAAAACUCGAUACGAUCUAUCCAAAUCUAUUAUUUUGUUCAUGACCAACAUAUAUUAUGUACGCUUGCAGUUUAAGAAUAAGACAAAUAGUCAGAACGAGGAAUUGUCUAUUGUACUGAAAAGACCCUUACUUGAUGUGUGCGAGCUUCGCAUUGAGAGUCAGUUUCACAACGAGAUGCUGUUCUACGAAAUGUACGUCGAACCAGACGAGAAUCAUCCGAGAUGUUUGUACAUCAAUGACCAGUUGCCUACCGAUUCGGUGAUCGCCCUGGAGAACGUUAACGGGCGAGGCUAUUAUGCCUGUCCGAAACAAUACGACCCCCCUUUGGAGUACACAUUGGCGGCGAUGCGCGAAUUAGGACGAUUUCACGGGAAAGCGUAUAUCAUGAAGGAGCAGCGACGAAAAAAAUUUUUCAACAUUGUGGAGCGACUUCAAAAUGUUAGAUACAUAAAGGCGAAAAACUGCUAUAAGAUCGCAGUGAAUACUUGCGGUACACGAGGAGUGGAGUAUCUUCGCAAACAUGGCCACGAUGCAAUUUUCUGCGAUAAGAUGGAAGCUUUGCUGUCAAAUGGGUAUGACGAAGUGAUGCUGAAGUUGGAGUCGUUGGAACCUUUGUCUACGCUGUGCCACGGCGAUUUUACAUUGUCUAACGUUCUCUUUAAGACAGAAGAGGACGGACAGUAUCACGCGAUGCUAAUUGAUUUCGCGCUUAUUACGUAUUCGACUCCUGUCGUCGAUCUUUCCACAUAUCUCUGCCUUUGUUGCUCUAAUGAAGAGAGAAGAGUGAAAUUUUCUGACAUCAUGCGAGCCUAUCAUGACGCGCUGCUUGAAUAUUUGCUAAACGCUGGCGUACAAGACGUUGGGAAAUACUCGUACAACGCUCUGUUGGACGAUUUUAAGAGAGGAGCUUUAUUCGGUUUCAUUAUUGCAUCCAUGUUUUUACCACAUUUAUUGGAAAACACCAAUGUUACCGAACUACGAAAAGAGUAUGAGAGAUUAAUGCAAAUACCAAAAAGUGUAUUUAAAUACAAAUAUUGCGGCGGAGACAAAGUAUGUAAAAUGCUAGCUGAUGCAUUGUUGCAUCUUAGAGAUCUUGGCUGCUUAGAACAUUUUUUAUAGUCGUGUGAGAUAUACAUAUAAUUCGGAUUGACAAAAUAUUAUCUAUAUUGACCAUAAAUAUGAAACGGCCUACAUUAAAAAUAUUAAAGAAUCAAAUUUAAAUCAAUUCCUUGAAUUUAAUAGCAUUUUGUUAUUUUUUUCAUUUCGAUAUGUGUCGAAAUUUAUUAUUUUAUGUAACAGUAUAUAAUGACGCACUGAUAUUUCGUAAGCUGUAUGUAUGCAUUAUAAAUCGUAUGUAAGUCGUUGUUCAGUUGAUCAAAUUUAUGACUUUACUAUCCCCUUAAGUGAUAACGUUCAUAGAUUUCUAAUUAGAAGCACAAAAAAUUUAUUUUAUAAAUAUUAUAUUAUUUUCCAAAUAUUAUAUGUUCUAUUGUUUUUAUUAAAUAUAGUUAUACAAUAAUCUUAUUACAAAAACGAAAUUUAGGUGUAAUUAGACGCAAAGUAUGAUAAACCUUUAAAAUUAUACAUUAUUGUUAAGAACUUUAAUAUUAUAUGUCAAUAAUGUUGUUCGAAAAAAGUAAUGCAAACGCAAGAAAUAAGAAAAACAUUAAUUAUAAAUGUAUAUUUUAAUUUAAUAAUAAUUAAAAUUCAUUAUUAAGAUUAUCUUGAAUAUAAGGUACGGUAUAAAUUUAAUUCUUACUCGAAAAGAGAUUUAAUUCGAUUUCGAAUAUGUUAUCAAAGUUUUGAUUUGAUUCGAUUCAACAAAUGCUUGAUUCGCAUACUUUCGUUGUCAAGAUGCUUAAUGUUACUAAAUAAAAAUGUAUGCUAAAUAAAAUUCUAAUUUAAUUAAA